AGAUUGAAGUUUUUUUUCAUUGGCGGUCGGUUUCCGGAGCGAAAGCAAAACGUUCAAGAAUCGGGUCUGAGAUUGGUGCAGGGUUUCUCUAGGGUUUUGACUUUUAACCUAAAUCAAUCCGAUUCAUUAACAUUUUGCAGUCCCCAAAUGGGUCGUUCUACCGCCAUUAAACUCGUCUCUUUGCUUGCUCGCCGAUCCCUUUUGCACAAUCCAUUGUAUAAAUCAACCCUUAUAGGAGGUUAUCGAAGCUUUUGUUCCCCACGGCAGUAUGGAAUUUUCAAUCUUCCCAAUUAUAGAAACGCGGAAAGUUCGAGAUAUUGGCCCAAUCUUGGAACAAUUAGAUCUAUUCAUGCCACUGCAUCUAUGGCUUCAAAGGAUUAUUAUGAUACUCUUGGAGUGAGUAAGAAUGCAACUUCUUCGGAAAUCAAGAAAGCAUUUUAUGGGCUAGCAAAGAAGUGGCAUCCAGACGCAAACAAAGAUGAUCCAGAAGCAGCGAAAACUUUUCAGGAAAUUGGAAAGGCAUAUGAGGUUUUGAAAGAUGAGGAUAAACGAGCAGAUUACGACCAGGUUGGCCAUGCGGCUUAUGAAGCAAGUGUUAGCGGUGGUGGUCCGGAUCCUGGUUCAUGGGAUAAUAAUCCUUUCCACAAUUUUGAAGAUAUAUUUAACAUUAAUCCGUUUAAUCAAAUCUUCGGUGGCAAGGAUGCUAAGACCACUGUUGAGCUUUCUUUUAUGGAGGCUGUGCAAGGAUGUACCAAAAAUGUGGUUUUCCAGACUGAGCUGUCGUGCGAAGCUUGCGGUGGAUCUGGCGUUCCUCAUGGAACAAAGCCAGAAACGUGUAGGCGAUGUAAAGGAGCAGGCGUGAUAACCAGUCAAAAUGGGCCAUUUAGAAUGCAGUCCACUUGCACUCAGUGUGGCGGAACUGGAAAAUUCAUCAAGAACUUUUGUAAGUCCUGCAAUGGCCAGAGAGUGGUGAGAGGACAGAAAUCGGUCAAACUAAACAUCAUGCCCGGAGUGGAUACAAAUGAAGAAUUACGGGUGUCCAGAAGCGGUGGAGCAGAUCCAGAUGGCAACCAACCGGGCGAUCUUUAUGUUCUCAUUAAGGUGCGAGAAGACCCUACUUUCCGGCGAGAAGGGGCCCACAUUCACGUCAAUGCCACCUUGAGUAUGAGUCAGGCAAUUUUGGGAACAAGCAUGCAGGUCCCAACGUUAACAGGAGAUGUUCUUCUUAAGGUUCGUGCGGGGACUCAACCAGGUUCACAAGUAGUCCUAAAGGGAAAAGGAAUUAAAACACGGACCUCUUAUUCAUAUGGCAAUCAAUACGUGCACUUCAACGUUAGCAUCCCAACGAAAUUGACGGAAAAACAACGUGAGUUGAUCGAGGAGUUUUCCAAAGAAGAAAGCGGUGAAGAUGAGAAGCAGGUUGCUGCUGCUGGAGGGUCUGGUUAGCCUGUUCUGUGCUGUGCAAUUGGCCGAUGAAGAUUUUUUUGGGUAUAAUACGGAAAGAGCGAUUUGAUAUGAUGUAUACUUAUUUUGAUCAAGACUAGGUACCCUUAACAAUCAUUGCUAGGUAUUAUAUUUAACCACCAACCCAACAUCCAUUUUUGUAAACCAUAAGUUACUUUAUGACGUAUAUUAAACAGCAGUUAGCAAGCGUUGCAAAAUAAA